AUGAAGACGAUUAUAAAAAAACUUGUUCAUGAACCAACACAAUUCUCUCCAGAGGAUGCAGAAAGAGCGAUGCAUCAGAUAAUGCAAGGAUCGGCCACCUCAAGCCAAAUCUCUGCCUUUCUCAUUUCUUUAAAACUUCAAGAAAAGGACAAAGAUCCACAAGUGGUGGCAGCUUGUGCGACAGCUAUGCGUAGCCAUGCCUGUCUUGUCCCUUACGACCACCAUCCUCAGCUUGUAGGACAGGUGGUGGAUAUCGUUGGUACAGGUGGUGAUGGCCAUGAUACCUACAAUGUCUCCACAACGGCCUCUAUUGUUGCAGCGGGGGCAGGGGCCAAGGUAGCUAAACAUGGGAAUCGAGCCGCCUCAUCACGAUCAGGAUCAGCGGAUCUGAUGGAGGCCCAUGGAUGUGCUAUUACACAAGUUGAGCCUUAUCAACAUGUAGCCAAGUUGAGAAAGGAGAUAGCCGUCCCCACCGUCUUUAAUCUCUUGGGGCCCAUGUCAAAUCCAGCGAAACCAAGUCGGAUGGUAGUAGGGGUACACUCACCUGAGAUAGGAGCGUUGAUGGCGAAUGCACUUCGAUUAACAGGUGUGCAAGAGGGCUUAGUCGUCUGUGGUGCAGAGGGAUUAGAUGAGAUUAGUCCUGCAGGUGAAACGCAUUAUUGGAGAAUUGAUGGCAACGAUAUAAAGACAGGCAGAACCUAUCCUUUAUCUCAAGUCAAAGGGGGUGAUUGUCAUGAAAACGCUCACAUCUUGAAUCAAUUAUUAAAUAAUCAAUUAUCCGAUGAAGAUCCCAUUUUAAAUUUCGUACUAUUAAACACAUCGGCUCUUUUAGUCAUGGCUGGAAUUGCCAGUGAUUUUAAAGAAGGUGUGGAAAAGGCCCGUGAAUCCAUCAAGUCAGGCAAUGCAAAGCGAGUGCUAGAAUCCUUUAGAGAUGAGACAAGAAAAGAAAAAAGGUGA